ACUGUCAAAUGAUUUCUUUUCAUUUAUAGUUUGGAGCAACUGACCAUCAAAUUAUUUUACACAUUCUCUGCAUCAAUUGAUCGUACGGUCAAUUGCUGGACUGCAUCGCCUCCGUCAUCACAAGCAGAUAAUCUUGAAUUUAAUACUAUUUUCACACAUAAUCCAGCAGAGUAUCAAAAGCACAAUACAAUCGUUUUUAUAUAAUCGCAUUUAUACACACACUACCGAACGCAUAGAAUAGGAGGAUUCACGCACCGCUGGAUUUCUUCACUUGUGCUGUAGUGGAGGAUAAUUUUCCGAAUCAAUCAUGGGUUACGAAAACGAUCCUUACCGUGAUGAAGAUGGCGAGCCAUUGAUGGACUUUGAUGAGGAUAUCCAAUCUGAUCGGGAUGAGCCUCAGCAACAUUUCCUGGACGAUGUAGACGAUGCUGCAUAUGAUCGCCGGGACCGAUCCCCAACUCCAGUGUACAAUGACUCUAAGGCGAAGCCACGGAAGCGAUUGAUCAAAAAAUCGUCCUCUGGUAAAGACUUGGGUCCAGUCGAUUUUGGAUUGGAUGACGAUGAGGGUGGUGCUCGAGGGGAUUAUGGUGGUGAUGAGGGUGACAUGGCUGGGAUGGUGAGGGAAAACUAUUCAGAUGGUGGAAAGAGGAAGAAGGAGGGAGGGGAGAAGAGGAAAAUUCUGGAGAAGAAGAGGAAGGGGGAGAAGGGGGUGAAGAAGUUUAAGUUUAGGCAGAGUGGAGGAGGAAGAAUGAGGGAUCAUGAGGCCGAUCCCGAAAUGAAGGAGAUGUGGGACACUGUUGCUGGUGGUGAUUCUGAGGAUGAUCAAGAGGGUCUUAGGACCAUGGAUGAUGAUAACUUCAUAGAUGACAGUGGUGUGGACCCUGCUGACCGGUAUGGAAGUGGCAAUGAACAUUCUCCAAGUCGUGCUCCGCAGGCUGAAGAAGGAGAAGAAGAUGAGGAAAUCAAGGAACUCUUCAAGGUGGGUAAGAAAAAGAAGAAGAAUGAAAAAAGUGCUGCAGAAAUUGCUCUGCUGGUUGAAAAUGUCAUGGCAGAGCUGGAAGUUGUGGCAGAAGAGGAUGCUGAACUGAAUCGGCAGGAAAACCCUGCCAUAAGUAAAUUGAGGAAGCUAUCACUUUUGACAGACGUCCUGUCCAAAAAACAACUGCAGCAAGAAUUUUUGGACCAUGGAGUCUUGACUCUUCUGAAGAAUUGGCUUGAGCCACUACCUGAUGGAAGUUUGCCGAAUAUGAACAUCCGUGCUGCUGUUUUAAAGAUCCUGAAUGAUUUUCCAAUUGACUUGGAGCAAUAUGAUCGAAGAGAACAAUUAAAGAAGAGUGGCCUUGGAAAGGUUAUUAUGUUUUUGUCAAAAUCCGAUGAGGAGACCACAGCUAACCGGAAACUUGCUAAAGAGUUGGUUGAUAAAUGGAGUCGACCAAUUUUCAAUAAGAGCACAAGGUUUGAGGACAUGAAAAACUUCGAGGAUGAAAGGGUUUUCAGGAGGCCGCCUGUUAAAAAGGUGAUGAAUACAUCACGAGAUGAUGACCUUGAUUUAGCUGAAUUUUCGCAGGGGUCCAAAUCUGGCCAAUCAUCAUCUAGGCAGCAUGCCUCAAGGCCCGAAGCAAUGUCCAUGGAUUUUGUGGUGCGUCCUCAAUCCAAGGUUGAUCCGGAUGAAGUUAGGGCCCGGGCUAAACAGAUGGUACAGGAUCAGCGUCGCGCGAAGAUGAACAAGAAGUUACAACAACUGAAAGCACCAAAGCGAAAGCAGCUACAAGCUACAAAACUCAGUGUGGAGGGUCGUGGCAUGGUGAAAUAUCUUUAGUCGUCUUGCGUGACAAUUAACUAGGGCAAGGGCAUACAGUAUCAUGAAACGCCUAGUUGUCUCGUUGGGAUGAAACCGUUGGAGUACAGUCAAUCUGAUUGGUGGCUGCUGGCGCAUGGUCAAUGUGGAGGCUCUGGUGGAUUUUCCAGUUAGAGGUCUCAAAUAGCUGGUGUUUAGUUGAGUACCUAGUAUGUUAAGUUUUUCUUAUUCUGCCAGUCUACUGUAGGCUUCUUAAUGUGUUAAAAUAACUACAUACUCUCAACUUGGAUUUCGCUUAUAUUCAGUAUCUAAUUAUCUUUUCAAACU